CGGAGCACGGAGAGAGGGCCCCGCGGGCGUACGCCUCCGCCGGCCACCGUCUCCCCACAGUGACCCGUGCGAGUGCGGCCGGACGGCAGGUUUGAUAAUGGGCUGCAUUAAAAGUAAAGAAAGCAAAAGCCCAGCCAUUAAAUAUACACUGGAAAACCCUCUAGAGCCUGUAAGCACAAGUGCCAGUCAUUAUGGAACGGAACACACUACAGUUACCCCAACCUCUUCCACAAAGGGAACAUCUGUCAAUUUUAACAGUCUUUCCAUGACACCAUUUGGAGGGUCCUCUGGAGUGACUCCUUUUGGAGGAGCAUCUUCCUCAUUCUCAGUGGUGCCAAGUUCAUAUCCUCCAGGUUUAACAAGUGAUGUCACUAUAUUUGUGGCCUUGCAUGAUUAUGAAGCUAGAACUACAGAAGACCUUUCCUUUAAGAAGGGUGAAAGAUUUCAAAUAAUUAACAAUACGGAAGGAGACUGAUGGGAAGCAAGAUCAAUUGCUACCGGAAAAAAUGGUUAUAUCCCUAGCAAUUAUGCCACACCUGCAGAUUCCAUUCAGGCAGAAGAAUGGUAUUUUGGAAAAAUGGGGAGAAAAGAUGUUGAAAGAUUACUUCUGAAUCCUGGGAAUCAGCGAGGUAUAUUCUUAGUCAGAGAAAGUGAAACCACUAAAGGUGCUUAUUCCCUCUCUAUUCGUGACUGGAAUGAGGUAAGGGGUGACAAUGUGAAGCAUUACAAAAUCAGGAAACUUGACAACGGUGGAUACUGCAUCACUACCAGAGCUCAGUUUGAUACUUUGUAGAAACUGGUGAAGCACUACACAGAACAUGCUGAUGGUUUAUGCCACAAGUUAACAACUGUGUGUCCAACUGUGAAACCCCAGACUCAAGGUCUAGCAAAAGAUGCUUGGGAAAUCCCUCGAGAAUCUUUGCAACUGGAGGUUAAACUGGGUCAAGGAUGCUUUGGUGAAGUGUAGAUGGGAACAUGGAACAGAGCCACAAAGGUAGCAAUCAAAACCCUGAAGCCAGGUACAACGAUGCCAGAAGCUUUCCUUCAAGAAGCUCAGAUAAUGAAAAAAUUAAGACAUGAUAAACUUGUUCCAUUGUAUGCAGUUGUUUCUGAAGAGCCAAUUUAUAUUGUCACAGAGUUUAUGGCAAAAGAGAGCUUGUUAGAUUUCCUUAAAGAAGGAGAUGGAAAAUAUUUGAAACUUCCACAGCUGGUUGAUAUGGCUGCUCAGAUUGUUGAUGGUAUGGCGUAUAUUGAAAGAAUGAAUUAUAUUCACCGAGAUCUCCAAGCUGCUAAUAUUCUUGUAGGAGAAAAUCUUGUAUGCAAAAUAGCAGAUUUUGGCUUAGCAAGAUUAAUUGAAGACAAUGAGUACACAGCAAGACAAGGUGCAAAAUUUCCAAUCAAAUGGACAGCGUCUGAGGCUGCAUUGUAUGGUCGGUUUACUAUAAAGUCAGAUGUGUGGUCAUUUGGAAUUCUACAGACAGAAUUGGUAACAAAGGGGAGAGUACCGUAUCCAGGUAUGGUAAACUGUGAAGUGCUGGAACAAGUAGAGCGAGGGUACAGGAUGCCUUGCCCUCAGGGCUGUCCAGGAUCCCUCCAUGACUUGAUGAAUCUUUGUUGGAAGAAGGACCCUGAUGAGAGACCAACAUUUGAAUAUAUUCAGUCCUUCUUGGAAGACUACUUCACUGCUCCAGAGCCACAGUACCAACCAGGAGAAAAUUUAUAAUCCAAGUAGCCUGUGUGUGCAGAUCUGCCAAAAC